UCGGAAAAGCUACCAUAAUACAUCCGCAAUUCCAGAGACAGGAGCACGCCGAGUCCGGUCACAAGCAAACAUUUUAAAGGAAACAACAAAACGUUUAUUAAUCUAUCACGAUAUGGAUACUGUAAAACUAUUCAGCGUUAUGUUGAUUUGUGCCUCUUUGAUGUUCAUCUGUGAAGCACAGCUCACCUUCACGCCAGCCUGGGGUAAGCGUUCGCAAGGUGCAAUGGGAAUUAAUCCACUUGGUAGUACCUUCGGACAGGACGCUUGCAAAACACCAGUUGAUUCGCUGCUCGUCAUCUAUCGAAUGAUUCAGGCCGAAGCUCAGAAGAUUGUUGAUUGCAGCCAGAAAUAGAAAGCCGUCUAACAAUGUUGUUUCAUCGGUAAUGAAUCCAGUCUAUCAGCUGCCACAGAUGACAAAAUACAGAUUUUCCUCACCCUUCACCAUCAGUUCAGCCUUUGAGGUUACAGUUGUAAAUAGUUCGUGCUGCUCUGUCUCUGCGACGGAAAGAUUAAAUGUAACAGAAUCAAAUAAGCAAAAAAAUAAACAAA